AUGGAAGACGUCCUGUCAACCCACUUUGAUCGCAUAGAAAAGGCACUAAGCACCUUGGUCGACUCAAUUGCUGCCUACAACCCAUCUCCACAGGCUGCCAUUGACCUGGUCGCAGCCGAUGACCAACUCAGCCAUGGCCUAGAUCAGCGUGCGUCGGGCCAAGCAAACCAUGCACGAAUCCUCACAUUGCGCGCCCAAGUCGAAGCCCUCGAAGAGCAGAAGAAGUCCUCCGUGACCGCCCUAGCAACUUUGCGCCACGAGCUGCACGCAACCCCAGCGACCAGCUUCCCCGCCGACACCCGCCCUGUGCGCUUCGACGAGCUCUUGCAAUAUGCGAAAAACAUCUCCCAGUACACUGUCCCGCCCACAUACCGUGAGCGCGCACCAGAAGCAGCCUCAGACAAAGACAGAGACAAAGACGACGCAGCCUCUAGCGGCGUAAACACCCCAGCCCACGCGCCCGCACAACCAGACUCAGACGCCCCCAAGGACCGCGACAAUGCCGACAACAAGCCCGCCGAAGUCACAGCCGAGGAAGAAGAGUGGCUGGAGAAGCUUCAGAAGAGUCAGAUUGCGUGGUAUCCAUGGCCCAGCGAGGAGAAGAUUAGGAUUGGAAACCUCUCUAAACUCAUGUAUUGGCAGGCGCGAGGCAAGGAUGUAGACGACUUUGAUAUCCCGGCGCACGAAGAGGCGCAGAGGAAGGGUCUGGCGGGAGUAGUAGAAGCGCCUCCUGAGCCUGAGCCUGUUGCUGAGCCAGUGCAGGCGCAGGCUCCAAGACCCGCUCGACCCGCUCAGCCGCAAGCCACGUUUGACAUUGAGCGUAGGCAUUUUAGCAUCACCACACGUGCCAACAGCAGCAAUGACACCGUCAAAGCGUCUAAGAGAUGGGUCGUGGACGAUUCAGUGGCCAUGAGGAUCCUUGUAGACGCGCUCAACACGUGUGUUGAACUGUGUCUUAGAGUCGAGGCCAUACUUUUCCCACAACGAGGUGCCGCCCAGAUUCUCCUUCAGCCUGCUUUGCAAAGAUGCGGCAUCGAAGCCAUGACCAACGAUCUCCCUGCUUUCAACAACCACAACAUCAUGAACGCGUUCCGACAGAACCAGAACAAUGUGGAGACACGGCUUUGCACGGCGCUAAAUAGUGCCAUACAAGCUUGGAACGCGAACUCACUCAGAGACAUUGUGAUCAUUGAGCCUCCAUACCCACCCGACCAUGAAGAGCUCAUCCAAUCACUACAAAGCAACUAUCCUGAAGGCGAUAGUAACACCACCCAACGGCUCGAGCAACUCAUAAAACGUGUCGUGUCUGAGACUGCUGAGAGUGAAGAUAGCGAUGGACGGCCUGUACAGUCAUGGGGCGCUCUGGUCACAUUUCUCGUCGCAUGGAUGGCUUUCCUAAGAGAUGUGGACCCAAACAAUAUCCUUGAAGUAUACCAAAGCCUAAGUGACCUCCUACAACAAGCAAACAGCGCGCUACAGCACCCAACCAAGGGCAUACUCAUGCUGCCUACAAUCAUAUCUUACUCAAAAGUCUUUGCAAAGGUCGCAGUGGGUCUUGAUAAGCAGCCAGAACUGAUUCAGCAUCUACUCGAAGAGAACACCAGCGAAGAAGGCCGGCGAGAGUCACUUCCAGAGAAGGCAGCCAAUGUAGUUCGCCAAGCGUUCAUCACAUGUCUAAACGACCGCAACACGGUACCUGGAGGGAUCAAAGAUGGUCGGCCUGACGGUAAAAAGGUAGGUAUAUACAAGAUGGCGAACAUGUGUUUGCAGAUCCUCUUCCAAGCCCAAAAGAUUGCGAGCUGCGACACCAUCUUCAAGAACAUCAUGAAUUCGUCACCACCGCUCCGAAUAUACCCGCCGGGCCAGCAAGUCACCUUUCUGUACUACCUUGGUCGUUACCACUUCGCCAACACAGACUUCUACUGGGCGCAAUUAGUGCUCCAGGAAGCUUGGGACAAUUGCUACGCACAUCCAGACUGCUAUAAGCAACGUCGCCUCAUACUCAUUUAUCUCACUGUUGCCAACAUCAUCCUCGGCCGCUUCCCAACUGAGAGCGUGUACGAAAUGAAGGAAGCACAGGGCUUCCGGGAACACUUCAAACCGCUCACAGAAGCCAUCCGCAAGGGCGAUCUCGAAACAUUCAUGCGCAUCACUGACCUCGAUGAAACACAUCCAAGUGCGCCUUUCUUCAUCCGCUACCGCUGCUUUUACCAACUCGGCAACUACUGCGAAGUCCUUGUGUGGCGGUCGCUUGCUCGGAAAGUGUUUCUUUUGACCGGACAACUAAGCACAUCGUCAGCAAUCACUCCUCACGGCGGCGUCAGAGCGUCCUCGAUCGAUCUGGAUGCUCUGGUGCACGCUUUCAACUUCCUCGAGCGUCGAUCAAAGAUUAGAAACCCUGCCAUGGCCGCGCAGGAUCUAGGUCCGGGGCGCCGCAACUUUGGCCACAUCUUCAUGGAUCACGCCUCUGUGUCUAUGUCGAACUACAUCGAUCCGGACUUUGCUGGUGUCGAGGGCAUGGUGCCGUACAAUCACGACUUCGAUACCUUGGAGAUCGAAUGUAUAUGUGGUAGUCUCAUCACUCAGGGAUUUUUGAACGGGUACAUUAGUCAAAAGCUGAACAAGGUUGGGCUGCAAGGGAUGAACAAGCCUGGUGGUCUGAGAAAUGCAUUUCCGCCUCCGUGGCAGAUCAUUGUCAGCAAGAGCAAGGAUGAUGUGCUAGGAUGGAAGAAGGAGGGUGGAGGGGCGGGCUCAGGGCAGGUUGUACAUUUGAGUGGUGCCAGACCGGCUGGAUCGUAG